UCGAAUAAUUUUUUGACUCAAUUUGUUUCGCUAGAUUAUUAAAAGAGUUAAUAAAGUAAAGUGUAUGAAAUGAAAUUCCAUCAUUAGCCUCGCGUGUUUUAUGGUGUUACAAAAAUACCUUUCGUCCAAUCGACCCAAAUAUGUUAUAUGUGAUAGUACAGACAGUAAACGGUUAACACUAUUUUUCGUUUAAAUUGUACUUAAGUUUUUACUUUAUAAGAAUCUCUGAAAUUGUGUUUGUGUGUUUAUUGUAAAAUGGGCUUAAAAAAAUGUGAAAUUCUAUUCGAUAUUCAAUAUAACACGUAUUAUCCUGGACAAACUAUAAAAGGCGUAGUAAAUUUAACUUUUGAUUCCACAAAAAAAAUUCGGGCAAUUUUGAUAAAAUUUAAAGGGGAAGCGAAAACAAAAUGGACAGAACGUAGAAGAAGAAGAAAUCGUCGCAGAAGGCGUCGGCAUUUAAGCGGCACCGAGGAAUAUUUCAAAAUUGAAUAUUAUUUGUUAGGGUCAAGAACAGGUGAUAAAAUCGAAUUAUCAACUGGAACACAUUCGUAUCCAUUUUCUUGUGAAUUACCUACAACAUUGCCAUCCUCAUUUGAAGGAUUACAUGGCCAUAUACGUUAUACAGCAAAGGUAACUUUGGAUAGACCUUGGAAGUUUGAUCAAGAAUACAAAACUGCAUUUACCGUUGUUUCAACAGUGGACCUAAAUUUAAAUUCGCUUGUCAAGACUCCAGUUGAUAAAUCAUUUGAAAAAACUUUUGGAUGUAGUUGGUUUGGUUGGUGUUGCGCUACUGGAUCUUUCAAAUUGACGGGAUCAUUACCAUAUACUGGUUAUGUUUCUGGCCAAGAAAUUCCCCUAUCAAUAAAUUAUAUAAAUAAUUCUAGCGUGGAAAUUCAAAGUAUUAAGAUCGAAUUAAAAAAGACAAUAUCAUUCCAUUCUCAGCAUCCAAGACGCACGAAAAAACUUGACGAAACAGUUUGGGAACGUAUAAUUGAAUCGAUAGACGGACACCAAUCCAAUACAAUUAACCAGCCAAUUGUAAUUCCAGCCUUGCCACCAUCAAAUUUAGAUCAUUGUUCCAUAAUUGAUUUAGAUUAUGAAAUUAAGAUUCAAGUCAAAUUUACGGGAGCUCAUAUUAGUGCGUGUAUUAAAAUUCCAAUAGUAUUAGGAACAAUUCCGUUAACAGCACAAAUAACCAUGAAUUCAAUGAUCAAUAAAGGUAGUUCGAUAGAUAACACACCACAUUAUGCAAGACCGGGAAUUGGAUUUGUGGCUAAUUCUACAGAACCAUCGGCAGCAGGGCCGUCAAAUUCUAACUCUACUUUUGAUCCAGAUGCUCCACCUCCUCCGUAUCACUCAUUAUAUCCAAAUAUGCCGUUACCUACGUACACUGAAAGUGAAUUUAAAGUUGAAUCCAUCCAAGAUGAAAACGACGAUAAUGAACAUACACAAAUGGGUUUUACAAAUUUUGCACCAAGAUACCCAGUCUAUAAUUUUAUGUUACCAUCAAAUGUAAAACAAUAAUGAAUUUUAUGGACCAAAGAUUUCAUUUAAUAACAGUUAAUAAUUAGUAAUAAUAGGUUUUAAUAGUCCUAUAAGUGAAGCAUAGAACAUCCAUGAACAUUCGCUAUCGACAAAAGGUUCUUGGCCUGGGUCUUAAUCUGUAGCUCUUUUCGCAUUUCUUUCUAACCGACUAUUCACCUCCAGAUGGUAUUUGGUACUUCCCUGAGCUUGGAUCUAUGCGGAUUCUACUUCAAUGACUGGCAAGCGUCCCUAUUUUUAAAGCUAAUUUUUUACCAACGAGUAUUUCACCUAUUGCCUUCUAGAACUAU